AUGCUUCCUUUUCCCGUUGAUCAUGCUGUCAAGAUAAUGAAUAGGCUAUCAGAGAAGCAAACAUCGAUUCUAUUUUCUCGUCCAGUGGACCCACAAGAAGAUGAUUGUCCAGAUUAUUAUAAGAAAAUCAAAAAGCCUAUGGACCUUGGAACAGUUAGACAAAAGAUUGAUUCUGGUAGAUAUAAAACAGUUCAUGAAUGGCGCGCUGAUAUGGAAUUGAUUUUUUCAAAUUCAUUAAAAUACAACGUACACAGUCCUUAUCUAAUAGCAAUUACAAAAGAUCUUCGCGAAAGAUUCAGAGAAUUAUCAAAUGAACUCAGUGAUUUUCCAGAAACUGACUGGUUUACUAGACUUAAUCGCUUGGAAACAGAAUUACAUGAAUUAAUUCAAAAUCCUCCAGAUAACUAUACAGCAAGAGUUAGACACACUAAACUUCAAGCCCCUCUAACAGAUGAUCAGAAAUCCAGGCGAAAAGUUCGUCCUCCUACAAAUGACGAGAUUCAAAGGCUUACACGCGAUAUUCAUAACAUAAAUAAUGAAGCACAGUUACGCCAGAUUUACAAAAUACUCGUGGAUAAUGAAAACUCUGUUUCGGAUAAGAAAGAUAAUAUUGAUGUGAACAUGAAUGGUCUUCAUGCUCAAACAUACUACGAAUUAAGAUAUAAGGUUGAUGCUUUCCUUGAAAAUUGUAAAUAG